AAUUUUCCCCCUUCCCCCCACCACAAAAACAACAACACCGUCACCCAUCAAAAUUCUAUUGUGAAUAUUCCCAUAAAUUCUACAACCACAAAAAUAUGGAUUAUUUGGGAUAUGUGGCAAAACGCACUGCCUUUUUCCACCGCGAACUCCGCUCGGACUUUGGAGACUUCAUCAGGGCCGCCGCAAGCAUGGCCGUUGGGGUAGUGCUGGGAUGGAUCGUCGGUCUCCUGGCGCUGGGCAUCUACCAGUUGGCACUGUUUCUAGGAGCCAAACCCAAUGACUUGCCCGAACCAUCGGAUGAAAAUAUCGAUGCGGAUCUGCAGGAAGGGCUUCUGACGGUGGAUCCAAGGGAACGGCGGGACGAUAGAUGGCUGGAGGCCUACUGGGAGGCCCAGUAUCAGCAGCGAAGAGUGCAGCUUCGACAGCAGGCGGCAGCAAGGAACCAAUCAGCCGCGUCCACUUGAAAGUAUCUUUCAAGCUCGCUCCUCUCCAGACAGUCUCGAGUGUCAUCCACAAAAAAGCAUGAGAAAGAGAGGGAGAGAGAGAGAGAGACUUUCUUUCCUUUGUUCCUGCUGGCAAGAAGACUCCACCAACGAAAUCAUUAGCACAAUUUUCACCAUCGAUGCGGUGUCAUGCAAUGGCUUCAAGAUUCAAUUGCCCUUCGAGGCACAGUGCCCCUCCCCGCCUCCCCGCCUCUCUCCAUCUCGCCUCCGCCGUGUGGUCGUGUGUGACGGCCGCCCCGGGCUUCAAAUAUUUAAUAAACCAUAUCUUUGCUUUUUCCUUA